GACAUAGGCAAUUUUAAAAGGUUGCCCAUAUAAAAUGUUUGACUUUUAAAAUACAGCACAUUUCACCAUAACUUCAAACGCUGAACGAAUACAUUUCAGGGGAGUCGCGCGCAACAGUGACUCGCGCUUGCGGAAGCGUCCCGUCUCCAUGGCAACGCGAGACAAGCAGAAACGACGUUCGGCACGGCCUGCGAAAACACUGAACAAUAUCGGUGCAUUUUAGUGCUUUUGAACCGCGGUUACCACAUCAAGAUUCACCAAGAUUUGUCUUGGACCCGGAAACCGUGCUUUUCAACCCGCCAUUCUCACCCUACAGGAGUCAGAAAUGGACAGUCCUCGUGUUGGUGUGGUGAGAGAGUCCAUGCUGCAUCGUCCUCUAUUAAUUAAGCCAGCUCUUGGAAAGACCAAGUCGAGGGGUUUGUCCUAUCCGGGACCUGACUUUGUUUUUGGGACAGCGACCACAGUUCGGGAUGGAGGAGUGCCAGAGGCUAUCUCCAGCUGGCACACUCACACUAUGUCUACCAGAAACAGGGAGACUGAGAGGGACUUUAUCGCCCUUAACAGAGAAGGAGUCAAGUCAGGCUUGGUUACUGCUAAAGAGCUGCACCAGUAUCGCGCCACCCACGACAUUCGGCGCCAGCCGUUGACCAGAGAGGGCUUUCGGAGGUCUGCCCCGGCUCGCAUCCCACCAGAUGCUUCAUUUGGGAUUAAUAACAGAGCAUCCACUCCAAUCUCAGAGCUCAUGGAGUAUAAGUAUGCUCAGAAAUGGCUGGAAGAGCAGCAGACCAAGGAUAAAAUCCUGCAGGCCCAUCGGCAUAAGAAGGCUCAGCUUGGACGUAUACAGGAUACACGAACAACCACGCUUCGCAAGAGUCGCCCCUUGCCUGAGGCCCCAUCCAUGUGGAAAAUGCCUUGUUUCCAGCAGGUGGGACCAGCUCUGGACACCUUUCGAGAUCCUGAAGCCCGGAAGAAAGCCAUGAGCGCCCACCGCUCAGAGUCUGCAAGCAGGAGAGGGAUUCUGGGUCAAGGCACUUACACGGUGGAUUAACAGAGCUAAAAUUACUACAUCUCUGUGCCUUUGCGAACCAGGCUUCUUCGAGUAUUAAUUUCUCAAUAAAAAAAAAUUGUGAUGUAAUUUGUUGUUCUGAUUUUUUUUGGUCUAUCUAUAUACACAUCUAUACCUAUGUAUCUGUAUCAUCAUUUGAAAUGAAAUGGAAUGAAAAGAGUGAAAAUAAAAAUCUAUAAUGUUA